AAAAGAAUUUAUCUUCCUCUAGAAGUCUGUGAAAUUAUACCAGACCAACCUUUCAGAGGCAAUAUCAGCGAUAAUGCUCGCGCUGAAAUGAUUAAGCAUACUUGUGUCAAACCCGCUGAUCGUUUCAGAACUAUUGAUGAUUCAUUUCGAAAUUUCUUUCGUUAUGAUCAAAAUGAGCAUCUGAAAUCGAUUAAUAUGAAUAUUGAUAUUAACACAAAGGUGAUAGUUGAAGGACGUCGUCUUCCUCCUGUAAACUUGAAAUUUCGUGAAAGUAAAGGUCAGCAAGCUCCGGUUCCGGUUGAAGUAGCAGAUGCACGCUGGAAUUACGUAAAUCGAAAAUUUCUUGAUCCCAAGAAGAUAGUUAAUUGGUCCGUAUUAUUAUUGACCAGAGAUCAUCCGAAAAUGGCUGAAGAUUUUAUGCGAAAAUUUCGCGAUGUACUAAUUAAUAAGGGAAUG